CCUCCAUCGUCAACACCUCACGAUUGCCGCCGACGAAGCUUUCCAGAUCGCGACAACACCUCCGCCCCCGCCAUGGCAACCAAGUCGCUGCCGCUCUUGCGAAAGUCCGCACGCCUACUCCCGCCGCUGCGACUCUUCUCGUCAUCGUCCUCAUCAUCCGUCCACCGCGUCGCGCGGCCCGCCGCUGCCAUCGCCACCGCCGUCCCGCGAAGCCUCUUCUCCACGACGCCCCUCCGCGCUGCGCACUCCAUCCCCCGCCCGCCCCCGCGGCGCGUCAGCCCAGACUCCCACGCCGCGACCGCUCCCUCUGGUGCCGACGCCCCCGCCUCCGAGGGCGAGCGCCCCGACGUGCCGUCGUCGUCCUCCCGGGCCGGCCAGAACCAGGCCUACUACCAGCUCUCCUUCACCUGCGUGCCCUGCGGCCACCGCUCCCACCACAACGUCUCCAAGCAGGGCUACCAUGGCGGCUCCGUCCUCAUCACCUGUCCCAGCUGCCGCAACAGGCACGUCAUCAGCGACCACCUCGGCAUCUUUGGCGACCGCUCCAUCACGGUCGAAGACCUCAUGCGCGAGAAGGGCAACCUCGUCAAGAGGGGCAGCCUUGGCGAGGACGGCGACAUCGAGUUCUGGCCCGACGACGACGUACAGGCUGUCAAGCCGGGCGGCUCGGCCUGAUUGUCCCUCAGAUCAUUCGAGCGCCGCGCCUCACGACCUUUUACGAACCCAUGUACCAACAGAUCUCAACAGCAUACCACCACCAGUGUGUGUUCAGCGCUACGACACCUCAAAAACAAUACCCCCGCUAUCUUGUCAUGUCGUUGACGCCCUCGCUCAAACAGCCUUGUCUACGGCGAGGCGGCACGGGACAAUGUAAGCUUCACCAAGAUGUCAUGGCUGCCAUGUACGUCUUUGUAAACACCAUGUAUGAUAAUUAGAUGGGCCCAGAACGCCGCGGGGCCAUGCACUAAAUAGAGGAGCCUCUUUUCCCAUU